AUGAUUUCUAGCGGUUUGUCUCCAAUUGCAGCUUCAUGGGAGCACUUCCAAUCAAGGUCGGAUAAUGUUCUUGCCAAUUUACAAAUCGUCUCUGAAGCAAUCACUUAUCAGCCGGACUUGGGCUCGGCGCUACCUAAGAUGAUCGAGGACUUCACGGACAAGAUGCCGCAGAUCAGGAGCCUCAUCGAAAACUCUACCGAGGCCGGUUCAGAGCAGGAUUGGUUACUAAAAGUGGCAGAAGAGCAGAAGAAAGCUCUCAGCAAUGGUGAUAAACGUCUUCAGGAUCAGCGUGAGAGGCUGCAGGACGUUGAACGAGAACUUCUUGACAUGAAGAAUUCUUUACAAGAGGUCAAAGUUCAAAAGGAGAAGCUUGACGCAGAGAUGUCGACUUUGCGCACUAUAAUAGCGGACUACCGAAAAACCAAGCAGGAUUUGGAAACAGAGAAUAUGCAGACCGCAAGUUACAGCGCAGCGGAACGCAAGCGCUUAGAGAAAGAGCUUCAUGAUUUGAGGAACACAACAACCACGGAGCUGCAGCAGUUGCGCGACACUACGAAUGAGGAGCUUUGUCAACUGCGAACAGUGACCGAAGUUGAGCUUCGUGGGUUGAGAGAGACUGCGGCCAACGAUAUCAAUCAAUUGAGGGAAGCAGCUGACAGAGAAAUUGCAGAUCAGAAGGUGGAGUCUGACACUCGCAUGCAAGUACUUGAUACUUGUGAAAAGAACUAUGAAAUAAUCCGACAAGAUCUUCAAAAUAGGGAGCGAGAGCCGCAAAGAAAGAACGAGUCGGAAUUGAAGAGGUUGCAAGAAGAAAUCCGGACCGAAAAAGAGCAGCUGACCAAGGGAUUGCUUCAACCAAAGAGAGCCUUUAGAAGCGGGAAGACGAAAUGA